AUGCGCAUGCCCAAUCUCGUCUUGCUCGGCGUGGCGCCCGGCGUGGUGCUCGGCGGCGCGGCCCUGGGGCCGACAAAGGGCACGGCGGGCUGGACGUGUGAGCAGGGACGCUCCUACUGCGGAACUCGCCUUCGCAACUACGGAGUCUCGAUAUCGGACCUUCACCUCGCCAUGGCUGCCGUUCACGCGCUCCACGUCUACGAAACCGGUAGGGGCCUCUUUGUAUGCGACAAGGACCAGAUCAUCAGAUAUGCCAAGGAGUGCGAGAACGGAUGCGGGAUGACUGAGAGGUUUGACUCUUGCAAAUGA